AUGUCAGUCGAAACACCUAAACCGUUACCAUUUAUUUACCAAUUUGCAUCAGGUGCCAUUGCUGGGGUUUCCGAGAUCUUGGUGAUGUACCCAUUGGAUGUUGUUAAAACUAGACAACAAUUGGAUUCGACAAACGCGUACAAUGGGACUAUCAGAUGCUUAAAGAAGAUUGUUAAGGAAGAAGGAUUCUCGAGGUUGUACAAGGGUAUUUCGGCGCCAAUUUUGAUGGAAGCACCAAAGAGAGCUACCAAAUUUGCGGCUAAUGACGAAUGGGGGAAGUUCUACAGAGGGUUUUUUGGUGUUCCUACCAUGACUCAGUCAUUGGCAGUUUUGACAGGGGCUACAGCAGGUGCCACUGAGUCGUUUGUGGUUGUUCCAUUCGAAUUGGUCAAGAUUAAGUUGCAAGAUAGAUCCUCCAAGUUCAACGGUAUGGGUGAAGUUUUAAAGCAUAUUAUUAAGACAGAUGGUGUCUUUGGAUUGUACAAGGGUUUAGAAUCCACUUUGUGGAGACAUGUUAUGUGGAACGCCGGUUACUUUGGUUUGAUUCAUCAGGUCAGAACAUUGAUGCCAAAGCCUAAGACUUCUUCUGAAAAGACUCUUGUCGACUUGACUUGUGGUACCAUUGGUGGUACUUUCGGUACUGUGAUGAAUACCCCAUUCGAUGUUGUUAAGUCCAGAAUUCAAGCUGGUUCAACCAGAUACAGAUGGACUUUGCCAUCCUUACUUACUGUAGCUAAGGAAGAAGGAUUCACUGCAUUGUACAAAGGUUUUAUUCCAAAAGUUUUAAGAUUAGGCCCAGGUGGUGGUAUCUUGUUAGUCGUUUUCACGACUUGUAUGGAUUUCUUCAGAACAAUGAAGGAAACUUAA